CCCCCCUCCUCCUCCACCCCAAAUGUAUACCACCUCCCCCACGCCUCCCCUUCGCCUACAAAUGUCCUCCACCAACCCCACCACCACCGCCGCUUGCAGCGCCCCUCCCACCACCGCCGCUUGCGGCGCCCCUCCCACCACCCUCACUGGCUCCACCACCACCACCACUGUCACCACCACUACCACAACCACCGCCACCUGCCCUACUCAUAGGUCCAUCAGCCGGAGCGUCACCAACCUCGGCCUCGGCUACGCCAUCGCCAUAGCCCUCGGCUUCUUCGUCGUCCUCCUCUCCACCGUCCUCCUCGCCUCCUACCUCUACUGCCGCGCCUCCCGCCGCCGCCGCUCCUGCCACUCCCGAAACCCUAACCCUGAUUCUGGCUCCGACGGCAUCAUGGUCUCCCACAAAUUCUUCGCCGCCGGCCUCGAUCAGACUGUCAUAAAUUCGUACCCAAAGUUCCCGCCCGUCAAAUCCUGCGAUCUCGGGAACGCGGAUACGAUGUUUACGAUGUGUUCCGAGCCAUGAGUUUAGUUUUGUGUGUAUGAGAAUAAUUUUCAUAAAAUUGUAUUUUAUCAGAAUAAUGUGAUUUUUUCAAAAUAAGUAAAUUUUUUUUAAUUUUCAGGAAAAUCAUGAAAUAAGUAUAGGAACUAUGUUUAAAAGUAUGGUAUUAAAACAGUAUAGGAAUUUCAAACUAUGUAUGUUAAAAUAUAUGUCGGCAUAAGCGUCAUGAUUUUACCUGAUAUA